GUUAGAACAGGCUCAAACCACGCGUUCAACGCGCUCUGUCUUGCCAUGGGCUCGCUUGUCUCACUCGCACUGCUUUUGAUACCUGCUGCUCUCGUCAGAUGGUUCUCAAAACACUCACGAAGUGACGAACCCGACGUCCUUUACCCCCUCUCAAUUUUCUUCGGCGUUGGCAUAUGGAUCGUCAUACGGCGGUACCAAAACAUACGCGACCGUGCUCGCAACUUCAAACAUCCCAAGCCUGUUCCGGAUGCUGCUGAACUUACCUAUCAGGCGCCUGUCAUACCAAACCCUUCCUUGCACUCGCACAAAAGCGACCCAGACCUCCUGCCGCCGUUCCAGCCGACCGAUAGAGAGUUCAUUACCUGCUACGAUCCUGCUACCGGCAUGCAUAUUGACACCAUUAUGGCGGACAACGCAGCCGAUAUCAACGCGAAGAUCACACGAGCCAGCGUGGCCCAGAAGGAGUGGAAGAAAACCACCCUAGCGCAGAGGCGGCGUGUCGUUCGCAGCCUUAAGAAGUGGCUUGUAGAGAACCAGGAUACCUGCGCACGCGUUGCUUGCAGGGACACCGGAAAGACAAUGCUCGAUGCUGCCCUGGGAGAAAUCCUCACGACGUGCUCCAAGAUGGACUGGCUCAUCAAACAUGGCGAACGCGUUUUACGACCCGAUAGCCGAUACCCCAACAUGAUGUUGCUUUACAAGAAAUCACGAGUUUAUUAUGAACCUCUCGGUGUGGUUGCCGCCCUGGUCUCCUGGAAUUACCCAUUACACAACGCGCUAUCCCCCAUCAUGGCAUCCAUUUUUGCAGGUAACGGUGUAGUGUUGAAGUGCUCGGAACAUGUUGUAUGGUCUACCACCUGGUUUAUCGGUGCUGUCAAGGAAUGCUUGCGUGCCUGCGGUCACGACCCAGACCUUGUUCAGCUGGUACGGUGUUACCCUGACGAAGCAGAAGCGCUGACGACCUCGCCCAUGAUUAAACAUAUCACCUUCAUCGGGUCAGAGCGGGUCGGACGCCUCGUCGCACAAGCCGCCACUGAACAUCUAACACCGGUAACACUGGAACUCGGUGGAAAGGAUCCUUGUAUCAUCAUGAAGAACACCGACCUGAACAAAUGGAUCAGUCUGUGGAUGCGAGGCGUCUUCCAGAACGCGGGUCAGAACUGCAUCGGCAUUGAACGACUGAUUGUCCACUCGUCGCAGCACGACGAACUGUACGAAAUGCUUGUGGAACGCGUGGAGAAACUCCGUGCCGGAUCCGUGCUUGCGCGAACGCAGGAAGGGUAUAUCUCGACCGUGGACACCGGAUCUAUGAUCAAUGGGGACCGCUUCGCCGAGUUGGAACGCAUGAUCGCCGACGCAGAGAACAACGGCGCACGAGUAGUCGGUGGCAAAGCCUAUUCGCACCCUUACCACCGCGAUGGUUCCUACUUUGCCCCGACCGUUAUUGGCGACGUUGAUCCGAACUCGGAGAUCGCGCACACCGAACUCUUCGCGCCUGUGGCUCUCCUCAUUCAGUAUGAGACCGUCGACGAAGCCGUGGAAAUUGCAAACAACACACGGUACGGCCUAGGUGCCAGCAUUUUUGGCAUGGACCAGGAUGAGUGCCUUAAAGUCGCGAAGCGCCUGGAAUGUGGCAUGGUAUCUAUCAAUGACUUUGGCGUCUUCUACGUGAGCCAAGACCUGCCGUUUGGGGGUACUAAAGCCAGCGGUUACGGCAGAUUUGGGGGACCCGAGGGUCUGCGUUCGCUCACGAACCCGAAGGCCAUCAUGACGGAUCGCCUUCCUUGGUUGAUCCAGACUUCAAUACCUGCGCCGUUGGACUAUCCGGUGCGAUCGCUGGUGCAAAGCUGGGAAUUCGUGAGCGGCUUGAUCAGUUUCCUGUAUGCCGAUGGGUGGCGGGCGAGUUUCAACGGGCUGGGGAAGUUGAUCGGGGCGUCUGGCGGGGCUCGGCGGCCGACGACGACGGAGGCGUUUUAGUCCGCUUCAUGUGGUGUCUGUCGAACGCUGUGUAUAUUGCUUUAUCUCCUCGUGCUAACGAUGCUUUU